CUGGUGUUGUAGGGGUCACGGAUUCCAUCCUCGGCUCAGACGCACCCAGGCCUUCUUCAAGUCACCAAACAUCAUCCCUGACACAUCCAAUUCUCUACGUCGUCCCCUGCCACAUUCAGGCUUGUGUGGGUUACCGUCAUCGUCUUCGCGCCUCCGCCAGUCACCAGAGCUCUGCGUCACCCUCAGUUUCCGUCACAGUCCCUUCAGUUCAUCCACGACACCAUACUAUAGUCACCAUGGCGCCAACCUCAGUGCGUAAGAAGGAAGGACCUGUUAACUUAAAAGAGGAGAGCACCAAGUCAUCGGAACUAUUGAACGGUAGGCGCAGAGCUGCCGUGACGAAGAGCAAGACACGCAAAGGGCACGCGUCACGGGCACACGGGCUGCAGAAGAUCGUCGGGCGAGGGUUGAGUGCGGCCGCGAAGGCAUAUGCGAUCGCCAAGACAGGCAUCAAACUCGGGGGCUUCAGUAAUAUGGUCUCCCAUGCCCUGGUCAGCACGACUCGCACGCUGCUCGGGGCACCAUGCGCAGAGCUGACUGGGAGCCGGUACCAGGCCGGGCUGAGCGUGGAGUACAAGAAAGGCGAGGAUGGUGCCAAGUGCAACGUGGCUAUUAACUUCUCCAAGACUCCAAAAAGUGGCGACGGACUGCAGCUCAGGUUUAGAUCCCCCAUCGACGCCUGCUGCAUGGCGCCCAACCAGGAGCAGCAACAAGAAGGCGCCAUAAGACAGCCCAGAUUUGUGCCAUCGUAUUCAAGAGCGCGAAUUGACGGCGACGGAAGAGUGGUGUUGUCGCCCUAUGGCAUUGAUUUCCUGGCCAUGGGGCGGGGCACAGCGGCGACGCCAAACACGAACACGCCACUGCUGAUUGAGGUUGACCCACUGUGCCAACCGAAAAGUGAACCGGCGUGUCCUGCGUUCGAAACAGUGCCUCUAGGGAAUUCCGAAACACGACAGCCGCGUGGACUGAUCAAGAGUGAGCACAUCAAGCAAGAGGUUCAACGAUAAAAGGAAGAUGCGAGUGGUAGUAUGUCACCGUACCGAAAAGUGAGCCGGCGAGCCUUGCGUUUCAAACUGCGCCUAGAAUAGCGUUUCAAGGGACAAGAACAACGGCAGCAACUACACGGACGGACCGAAAAAGAAGAGAUAAGAGGAUCCAUAUAAAAUGAGGUGAUGCAAGUGGUUUUGGCAAGUGUGUAAUAUAAUAGUUUGUCUUUAAAAGUGCAGAAAGUGGCCCCUAACAUUAAACUCUAAAACAACAGCAGCGUUAGAUCAUUAAAAUAAAGAACACUAAGCACGAGGUUCCGAUGCUAAAAUGAGGACGAUGCAAGUGGUUCCAGUGUGUGUGUGUGUGUGUGUGUGUGUGUGUGUCACUAGAGCCAUAAAAAGUUGCUCAUCUUACCGCACUCUCCUCGCUGACCUUUCGCGCGGUAGCUGCAGGCAUCUUGGUGAUCGGGGGAACUCAACUAAAGGUGCGUGCCGCCGGAAAUGUGACCUGAAAGCAAAGAAAACGGCGUGUGGGUAUGGGUGUGGGUGUGGGCGUAGGUGUGGCUCUUCUGACAGCCAGAGGACACCCCGUGACACACAAUGGGUGGAGGAGAAAGUGAAUUUGAGGUUUGGUGAGACAUAAACUUGCAUGAACGAAGAAUGAAAGUUGUUGUAAAACCCACACACACGCGCUUGCUUGGUGAUGUUCGAAACUAGUGAAGAGAAGGUGCAAGUGUGUGUGUGUGUGUGUGUGUGUGUGUGUGUGUGCGUGUGCGUGUGUUAAUCCUUUCUUCCUUUAAUUUUUCUUCUCUCCCCUUUUUCUCUCCCCUCUUUCCUCUCCCCUCCUCUUCUUUUCCUCCAAUUCCUCCUCUUGUUACUCCCCUUUCUCUCCCUGUGUGUGUCGGCGGGGAUCCAGGCCAGCCUAACUGAGGUCACUCGACGCCGAAAGUAAGGCCUCGCUCUUUUUAUCUCGCUUGUGCUCCUCUCAGCCGCUUCGUCGACCCUAAUAAGCAAGAGACUGUCACUUUGAAGCCUAAGUAUAGCCGUGCGUGUUGAUUCCUUGCUGCAUUGUUUUAGUGAAUGUUUUAAGAAUGCUACUGCGGUCUAGUCAGUUGGUUUCAAAGGACUAGAAAAAAAACUUGCCUAAAUGUGUGUUAAUUAUAUGCUGUGAAGUAAAAUUUUAGUGAAAGUUUUGAGUAUGCUGCUGCAGUCACGAGUCUAGUCAGUGUUUUAAAGAAUUACAAGAAAAAAAAAAAAAAACCGGACAUCUUUGAAGCUUUGCCUUGCACGUGGACUGAGUGCUACAAGAAGGAAAGGAACACUAACCUAAAUGUUGCUUUUCCAUCUUUGCUACAGUAGGAGUCUCUGGUCAGUGUUUUAACGAAUAUUUUAAUGACAUUUACAACUAAUAAAAAACGUACGUGAUUA